CAGCUAUUUUCGAUAUUGCCCUCUCCCAUGGCCGAGCAGCUCGGCGACAUCUCGGCCGCCGACGCGGCAAUGCUCUACGAUAUCAUCUCGAGCCCGACGCGCGGGCCCAAGGUCCAUGACGAGCGGCAGCGCUUCGCAGACGCAACCGGAGCCGGGCUCAUGAUGAGCCUCCUCUCGCCCAUGACCAAGACCGCGCCAACGUCAGCGUGCUGCAAACGGCGCCGCAAAAAGUCGCUCGCGCAGCUCAACGAGACGCCAUCGCAGCGCGAAGAGCGACUCCUCAAGGACCGCAUUCGCAAGCAGCAGAGCAAGGAAAAGUUCCAGUCCGAGAUUGACGAGCUCAAGCAGAACGCGACGACGUUGCUCGAGACGCUCUCGGCUGCGCAAGCCGAGCGCAAGCGCAAGUCGAGCACCAUGUCCGAGUGCAAGUCGAACGCACUUGUCGAGCGGGGCCGGGUGCAGGAGGCCAUUGCGACGCGCACGUCGCUCUUCAACCAAGUCGUCGAGCAGGUCGAGAAGGCCGUGCUCUUCAAGAGCCUCUCGUGGCGUCGCUACGAAGGCGACAUGAUCAUCGAUCCGAAGCGGGAUCCAUGGCAGCUGCACACGCUCUCAAACAUGCACCGCGACCAACACGUGCUCGCGCUCGCUGAAUUCCAGCGGGAAAAAGUGACGCCGGACCUCUUUAGCCGCUUUGCGUCGUCGUCCUCCGUCGGCAUGUUCAACUUUGUGCUCGAUGACACCAACCAACACAUUGCGUUCCUCGAGCAGCGCAAGUACGGCGUCAUCGAGGGCCAUUACGCGGACAUUGCACGGACCAUCUACGACGCCUUCUCGACGACGACGGGCGAAGGCCGCGAGGUACUUCCUGUUGUGCGUCCAUCUCUCUCGAGUCCCGCGCUCACUUGCGAUGUAGGCCCAUUUUUACGGCAAGGACGUGGUGCUUGCGACCUUUCCGUGGGGCGGCAUCCGGCGGCGCAUCUGCAUGCAGCUCGUCAACGACGGCGACCGCGUCUUCCUCAUGCACCGCAGCAUCCUCUACGACGAGACGCUGCAGCACAAGAUCGCCGAACACGUGGCAACGUGGUGGUGCUUUGAGCCGAUGCCGAAUGCGCCGGGAACGUGCCGGCUACGCGGCUACUCGCAAGUGGCACUCGACACGCCGCCGAGCAGCGCGAGCCACGACUAUGCGGUCUUUAUGAAGCGAUCGACCGAGAACGAAGUGCGCGUCAACCACCUCCUCUCGUCGCGCUUCAAAUGCUUGGACCUGAAUUAGUACAUUAUCUGUGUGAUCUUAGUCGCCUCUCUGGG